GCCAGCAUCGCGCCCGGGCUACGGAGCUUGCGCACAACCACGCUCCCGUUCUAACGGUGACGUCAUGAAGAAUCUCCUGGGGCGGCUGCACGAGAGAAGAUAAUCGAAUCUCCUAUAUGAAUAACUAUCUAGCAAAUUAUUACACAGCCCGGCCGUCUGACACUCACCGAGGUCGUGCUUGCGAUAAAAAGGAGUUUGACAUGGUGUCGCUGCCAGUGCAUCUUUGCAUUCGGGUCAGACGCGAAAGAAAACGGAAAGGACAACUUUAAAACCGGGGUGUUAGCCAAAAUGCUCAGUCGUCUAGCUGGAUGCCAUGAAGAAUCAUCCGCUGUUGUACGCAUGAAAUAAGCAGCUAGGCUGCUAGCCAGGCAUCGCAGUCUGAAUUAGCUAACGGAAAUGUGGUCGGUUUGCAUAAGGAAAUGCCAUGAUGAUUAGGGCCUUGGAUAUGAAAAACUAGCUAGCUAGCUACAUGUGAUGGGCUAUAGCUACUGUGUAUAUUCAUAUUUUAAGUAGUUCGCUACUAUCAUUUGCUGGCCACAUCUGCCGGUAUUUGCAAGGCGGCUCGAGUAUAAGUAGGAUUUAGCGUAACGUUAGCUGGCUAACAGCAAGAUAUCCGUACUGUGAGAUUUUUUAUCGACGACCACUGGGUCGUUUUGUAUGCAAACAGGAAAUUAACCAUUCCAGAUUAGAGAACGGGAGCUCUUUGUCAUGGGAGCCGUUUGGAUGCGAACGGACAACGUGCGGGGGAAAUUGAGAAAAUGAAAGCUUGAUUCGCCGUUAUUCCAGUCGCACUACGAGGGCCGGCUCUUUUUUCUCACCGUUUCCCGGCUGUCGCCGCUCACACCAUGGGCGCAGCCGCCCCUGCUUAGCGCCGGGCCAGGAGACACGGUGUGCGCGUCCAGCUUGCCCGGGACCUCCGCGCCUCGGAUGGUAAUGCGAGGCUUGGAAGAGACGCGAUUUGAACCCGGCGUCGGCCUCUGUGCGUGAUAUUGACGGCUCUGCCCAGACUGCAUAUUCAGGCGCGGAGACUUCGGUCAGAGACAGAAUGGCUCGGAUUUUUGAGGAAGCCCGCAAACUGGGCUGGAUCCUGCUGAAGGCCCUGCUACGCUUCGCCUUCAUGUUCAUAAAUAACUGUGUGGCCAUACCUUCAUACUGCCUGUAUCUGCUGCUCCUGCAGCCCCUCAGGCUAAUGGACGCCCGCGCUUUCUGGCACAUCGAGGGGGUCAUGUUUAAGUGGAUGCUGGCUAUGGUGUCCUCCUGGGGCUGGAUCGCAGGUUAUACAGUGAUGGAGUGGGGCGAUGAUGUGAAGCCCAUCUCAGAGGAAGAAGCCAUGGUCAUCGUAAACCACCAGGCCACCGGGGACGUGUGCACACUCAUGAUGUGCUUACAGGACAAGGGCACGGUGGUGAGGAAGAUGAUGUGGCUGAUGGACCAUGUGUUUAAAUACACAAACUUCGGCCUGGUGUCCCUGAUACAUGGAGACUUCUUCAUCAGACAGGGUAAAGCUUUCCGGGACAAGCAGCUGAUCUUCUUGAAGGAGCACCUGGAGCAGCUGUACCUCAGCCGGGACAGGAAGUGGGUGGUGCUGUUCCCCGAGGGCGGCUUCCUGCGCAAGCGACGGGACACCAGCCAGGCCUUCGCCAGGAAGCACGACCUGCCGCACCUGCGUCACGUGACCCUGCCGCGGCUGGGCGCCACGCAGGUCAUCCUGCAGACCCUGGGCCCACAGCAGGAGAACGGGGCGCUGUCUGCCGGGGACGCCGGCCAAUCAGUGCGCAAGGCCCCAGGUCUGCAGUGGGUGGUGGACAUCACCAUCGCCUACCCCAACGCCCGGCCCAUGGACAUCCAGACCUGGAUCUUUGGGUACCGGCCCCCUUCAGUCACUCACGUGCACUACAGGAUCUACCCCAUUAAAGACGUUCCCGUGGAAACCGAACUCCUUACAGACUGGCUCUACCAGAGGUUCGUGGAGAAGGAAGACCUGCUGGCCCACUUCUACGAGACAGGUGCUUUCCCUCCACCUAAAGGUCAGAAGCACGCUGUUUCCAAGGAGAUGACCCUUGACCCUGUGUGGCUGUGUGUGAUUCAGUCUCUGGCCUUUGCAUCGGGCUACAUGUGGUACAGUGUCCUUCAGUAUUUCUACUGCUGCUUUUUCUGAGCGGGCAGCUUCGCCCCCGUCGCUCAGCUGUCCAAUCACCACCUGGGUGGCUCAGCUGUCCAAUCACCAUCCACCUGAGGUCUGAAUGUAAAUUAGCCAAGCCCAGGGAGUCGCCACCAAA